UUAAAAGUUGUGUCAAAAGUUUACAAUAUUAUUCAACAUAAAAGUAAUUGAUUUAGUUUAGGAAAGAUUGUGAAAAAACUUAUGAGAUUAUCAGUGAAAAUAGAAUUAUAAUGUGUGCGUGUUAAAUUUGUGCAGAAAUAGUUCGAGAUCAAGCGCGAUUUUCGACUUCGUAGUUUACGUCUUGCCUGUGUGCUGUGUAUGUCUCAGGCCGAAUAUUUAACCAUAAAGAUGGAGGUUGAGAUAUGUUAAAGUCUUCAAGAUGACAUCUCAUAGAAUAGAAGUAUGCCAUUCAGCAGACCUUAAGAAGCUGUUGCUGGAAGCUGGCGUGGUGUGCGCGCGGACAGUGGCACAAUCUGAGGAAUCAUCGCUUAGCUCUGAAGAGACUGUCAAAGAUGUACCAGGUCACGAAAUAGAAGCUGAACACGAGGAAAUUGUGGUACAUGAGGAAUCAACGUAUCCCACUGAAGAGAUUACAGAGGAACAGCCGGAAAUAUUUCCAACACCGUCCUUGAGAAAAAUGUUACCCGACAAAAUAAGAAUGAUCGAAAAACAUAAUCGAAUUCACGUUCUACCAGAAGUAUUCAAAACUGAUAUAGACCCAAUGAAGAUACCCAGGAUAUUGAACACACAUCCUCAAAAGUAUAUCAACGAUUUGGCUGAAAUCACAGGAUGCAAAAAUUAUAUGAAUAGUUUAGCGGAGUUCUGGUUUUUGGAUACUUUAGCUAAUUUGUUAAGACGGGCACAGGAAGAUGGGUUUGAGAAACCUUCUCAGGUUGUGCUUAUCCAAUGGUUUUGUGAAUGGAUGAAGGAGAUUCAACAUUUUGAUGCUGCGACCAGACAACGUAUGCUCAAGAGAUUUAAGGAUACCAUGCUACUAGCUGCUGGAUACCUGGCCCAGUACGAUGAGCUGCCUGUCCCCGCGGACGUAGGUGUGUCAUACAAGCCGGAGGAGACCGCGGGCGCCAGUCUGCCCCCCACGGCAACGGCUUCCAAGCAACUCGUUACCUUUGAAAACUUUCAAUGCUGUCUCACUGAUUUGACUAAGAUAAUUCAUUACAUUUUUGAUUUGUUUAGUUCAGACUUCCAGUACGAUCUGAUCCGAUCAGUGUUCACUUUCACGCCGGAGUAUCGGAUAAUAGACGCGCCGCACACACUGCAGCAACCUAAGCGUUUCUUCACAACCUACAAACCUAAACCCAAAGAAAAGGCGCCCAAAAAAGAAAAGGAACAAAAAACGGCCAAGGGGAAGAAGAAAGAAGUCGAAUCUGAACAAUUCUUACAUUUAAUUCAGCUUCAAAACGAAAUAGAGCGCGAGAAAGAAGAAGAACUCGAGAAGGAGAGAGAAGAUUGGCACAGACGGAGUCAUUUGCUGCCGCUAGCGUUUGCGGUCACAGAUGAGUUCUUUGAUAAGUACUGGCCACCGCCUACACCGGAAAUCGUUUCUAUACCAGAACCCGAGCCUAAAGGGAAGGGAAAGAAGAAAUAGAACUAGUCUUUUAUUUAUAAUCUUUAACCAAUCUUAACAAGUUUUAAGACAACGCCAUCUUACGGUAUUCUGUGAACUAAUAAAUUAAGUUUUUCUCAUAGUUUACUAGAUGGCGUAAAACUUGUAUUUUAUUGCAUUUGUUUUCAUAAUUUUAAUAAAUCAGAACAAGCAUUGAUUAUAAUAUUUAUUCGUACAUAUUUUAAUAUACUGGAAUUAUAGAAUUAUGAUAAAAUGCUACAUCGAAUACUAAAUAUAUGACACAUAGAACCAACAUAGAAGCAUCUAUUUUCACAUUUAUAUGUUAUCGAAACACAAUGGAAAUACAUGUCAGUUUCCAAAAGAUACAUAAAUUAUGAUAAGUUCAAAUGAUGACAAUAAAUUAAUUUGAUAUAUGGUAGCUUAUAUUAACAUAGAUAUUUU